UUUGUCAACGGCGCCGGCGGUGUCGGACUGAAUUUUGUGAGUCACAUGUGGAUCCUUAACUUUGACCCUGACUUUGAUCUCGACGACCGUGGGUUUCGAUCAUGGGCGAAGUCACUACCACAGAAGCUGCCAAUGCCUUCUGGGUAGAAUUCAAAUCAGAGCGUCAAGCCAUCGAUGAGCAGAUUCAAGCAUCCAACACUGUACGGAGGGACGAUUUGACAUCUCACUUCACCGCCAUUUUGGAAAGAAUCAAUACACUAGAGAAACGGCUCACCAAAGCAACCGAGUUUAUACCCUCCUAUGAUGAACGACAGUUUCAGAUACAACUCAAAAUGCUGAAUGAAGCCCUCGAUGGUGCGAAAACCACACUCACUCCAAAAGCUAAAUUCUCAUUCAAAUCUCGAAGAAAGAAGACGGAUACCUCCAAGCCAACUUUUGCCGUGGACCCUGAUCUUGAAAAAAAAGACACGAGCAACGUGACAACGGAACAAGCCAGCGACAACACGAUCACCAUCAGUGGAAAAUCACGUGAAUUAAUUGUGUUGGAGCGUACCUGCAUUUCACAAGGCAAGAGCGUGGAUGUGGUGUUGACGGAUCUGAAACAAUGCGUUGUCUGGUUAAUGGAAGAGUCGACCAAAGUAUCUGCACUCCACAUCAAAAAUGUGCAAGAUUGCGUCAUCGUUGGUGGGGCGAUUGAUGGCUCCGUAUUGAUCUAUGGGUUAAAACGCAGUAUUAUCACAUUUGGAUGUCACCAGUGUCGCGUGCAUGAUGCACACAACGUCGAUCUAUUUUUGAAUGUGUCCAGUCGACCAAUCAUUGAAGACUCGUCAGAUAUUCGUGUAGGUCCUUACGAGUUGCAGAAUCCCGGGGUAAGUCACACUAGUGUUUUUGUCGGCACACGAAUGUGGGAAUCCAACAGUUUAAAGUUAAUUCAUCCGUUCCCUCGGGUUCUAGACGCAAAUCAACUAUUAUGAUCAGAUGGAGGAUUUCAAUUGGUUGAAGAAGCAAGCUUCGCCUCAUUGGCGUGUCAUGAAUACCGAGGAAUGCCAUCGACUUCACGGGUUACUAAACUGGGGCAAUAUGCAAAAUAUAGACGCCGUGUUGAACAAGCUACCGUCCUGAAGGUAUAAGUGGAGCUAUCGGAUGCACUUCAUUAAAAAAAACCUAUCGCAAUGUGAACUAAAAGCUCCACAUUCGGAGCGAAACGGAGCAAAACAAACACAGGAUGGUUGAACAUACUUUCUCUUUUCAUCAUUUUACCCCAUGCUUCCAAAUAAAAAAUGUAUGCUUAUUGGACCGGAC